GGGAAGUCGGAAGACUAUGGCGAGGGUGGCAGCCAGGUACCACUGGCCAGGAAUGCACCGAGACGUCAGGAAAUACGUAAGGAACUGCGAGAGCUGCAUGAAAUACAAGCCCAACCAACUGCAAGCAGCCGGGAAAAUGCUGACACAGGUGCCGGAAGAACCGUGGGCCACCGUAUGUGCGGACUUUGUGGGCCCAUUGCCGAGGUCAAAGCACGGCAAUUCGAUGCUGCUGGUCCUGGUGGACAGGUUCUCCAAGUGGACCGAGAUCGUUCCGAUGCGUAGGGCGACCACCGAGACGCUGCGAAAGGACGUGCGAGAGCGGAUAGUGGCCAGGUACGGAGUGCCAAAGGUCAUGAUCACGGACAACGGAGUCCAGUUCACGAGCAGGGCAUUCAAGAGGUUUUUGGAGGAGCUGGGUGUAAAACACCAGCUCACGGCUCCAUACACUCCACAAGAAAACCCGACCGAAAGGGCCAACAGGACCGUGAAGACGAUGAUCGCGCAGUUCACGGGGGCCGAUCAGAGGACAUGGGACGAGAACUGGCCAGAGCUGCAGUUGGCGGUGAACACGAGCGUGGCAGAAGGUGAGGUGAGGGUGACCGGCACCGGGGAACAGCCCGGAGCGAUAUGGAGGGCGGACUCCGAGUCCUACCUCCAGCUUCUGGCGUCACCCUUGGUGUCGCGAUCCCCAUCCCCGGUCCAGGAGGACACGGAGGAGGUGCCCGACACGGAGCUGUCGGAGGACGAGGCGAUGGAGGCGAUCCACGAAGAACCCGUGGAUUACGUGUCCCUCUCCUCAGAGAGCGAGGAGGACGACGGGGGUGAGACCGUCACCCCGGUGGUAUCCUCGGAGGAGGACGAAGGAGGCCGGAGCGCGAAGGCGAGGAUGGCCUACCGCAGCGUGCGGCGGGCGACACAGGGCCACGGUCGGAUUCGGCUGGGAGAGGCGAUGCCGUCGAAGGACCCGCGGGAGGUGCGCGAGUCCGCGGAGGCACGGAUCGCCACGCUGCGGCGGUUCGAGCGGAUGGUGGCACGCGGGCCGGCAAAUCGACGCGAGGCUGCCGCAGGCGCGGAGACGGAAGAGGAGGCCUCCAGGGCGCUUGAGGACCAGGGGCAGCCGCCCGGAGCAAGUAGGGGCAUUUCAUCCGAGAUCCCUGAAGAAGGGCCUCCAGGGGCCCCGGAGAUCAAAGUCACCGGUGUGGAAGGCCUGGUGGGGAGCCUCGAUGUCCACAGCAUGAUGGAGGCCAGCGGGAGCAGACCCGAAAGGCAGGAAACCGGGAGUGAACGGCGGGAAAGCAGCCGCGAGAGAAGGGAGAGGCGGGAGCCCAGCCGCGAUCGGCGAGACAUCGCAAGGGUAGCCCCUCCGGAUUACGCAAAGGUGGCGAAACAGGUGGAGUGGUCAGCAAUGACGUACGGCCUGGAUAUCAACCAGAUCCCACGAGCGAUGCCGGAACUGCUGAAGGGCAGGGCCCUAAAGUGGUUCAUCGCCAACAACAGGUUCUGGGAGACAUGGGCAGAGUUCAUCCACAGCUUCCAGGAAUUCUUCCUGCCCAGAGGCUUCAUGACGAAGUUGGCAGACCAGACCCUAAUGCGGCCCUUGGGGAUGUCCCACAAAGAGAUCCUGGAGAGGAUAAGGGAGAACAGCACUCCGGCUCUACGGAUGUUUGUCCGCCCAUACGAGUGCCGAAACCUGGAUGCUCUGAUGGUCCUGGCCGACGAAUUCGAGGAACUGGACUCCCAGAGGGAGCGGUUCGAAUCAGAGCGGACCCAAAGAGCCCGCCACCAGCGGGAUUUCCAAAGAGGGGAACAGCACACGGUGCGGAAGCCAGGAGCACUGGAUGCGGGAGUGUCGGAACCGACCGAUCACAUUUUGCUGGUCGUGCGGGCGAAUCGGCCGGAAGACCGCAGAAUGCUGCCCAAGAUCGGGAAACGCCACGCGACCCCAGCCUCAGAGGGGCAACCAGGGUUCGCAAGGUGCUGCCCCUCAAAAUUAAUGGGCAAGCUGAAGGCGGAAGAAAGGCAACUGUCCGCCACAGUGCUCAUAAACGGAAUGGAAGUUAAGGCCACGAUGGACACCGGAGCCACAGCAAGCUUUAUUAGCGAAGAGUUGGCGGACAGGUUGCGGGCAGUGGGAGAGGUCGUAGCCACGAGAAGAGAGGUGCGGAUGGCUGAUGGACGGUUCGAGGGGGUCACAUCGCUGCUCGAAGUAGACGUAGGACUGGGAGAGAGGACCGUAAGAAUGCAACUGCUAAUCCUCCACAACAUCAUCGACGCGCUAGUACUGGGAUGGGAUUUCCUAACGAAAGUUGGAGCCAGGAUAGCAUGCGCGGGUCUGAGCGCAACGAUACCGGCGGGACAGCUGGUGCGAAGCAAUGCACACGAGAAACUGUCAGUGGCAGUAGUGGAAAGGACGACCGACUUUGCGGAGGAAGAUAUAGACGGCUUCCUGAAGGCAGAGCUAGCAGAUUUGGGAAGAGUCCAAGGGACGUCAACGGUGGCGGUGCACAGAAUCACGAUGAAAGACGAUCAACCGGUCAAACAGCGCUACUACCCGAAGAACCCGAAGAUGCAGGUGGAGAUCAACGCCAAGGUCGACGAGUUGCUACAAAAGGGGUGCAUCGAGCCGUCUAGGAGCCCGUACAGCUCUCCCAUAGUGAUGGUGAAAAAGAAGACGGGUCAGUGGCGCUUGUGUGUGGAUUUCCGCCAAAUAAACGCAAAGUCCGUGAAGGAUGCGUACCCGAUGCCAAUGAUCAACUACAUUCUGGAUCAACUAAGGGAGGCGAAAUACAUAAGCAGUCUGGAUUUGAAGGACGGGUACUGGCAGAUUCCGUUGGCAGCAGCAAGUCGGCAAUAUACGGCAUUUACGGUGCCGGGAAAGGGCCUGUUCCAAUGGAAAGUAAUGCCGUUCGGACUGCACUCCGCAUCGGCAACGUUCCAGCGGGCGUUGGACCAGGUGAUAGGACCAGAGAUGAUGCCACACGCAUUUGCGUACCAGGACGACAUAAUUGUGAUCGGACGGACACUACAAGAGCACAAGCGUAACCUGAAGGAGGUGUUCCGGAGGCUGAGGGCGGCAAACCUGAAAGUUAACGCAGAUAAGUGCAAGUUCUUUCGAAAGGAGCUACAAUACCUGGGCCACCGGGUGACGGAUCAAGGCAUCGGAACGGAUCCGGAGAAGGUAGCGGCAAUAGCUCAGCUAAAGCCCCCGGGAAACGUUAAGGAACUGCGACAGUAUCUAGGAGUGGCGUCGUGGUACAGACGUUUUGUACCGGAUUUUGCAACGUUGGUACAACCACUGAACGCACUCCUAAAGAAACAAGCAAAAUGGGAAUGGACUGACGCCCACCAAGAAGCAUUCGAGGCCGUCAAAACUAUGUUGGUCGCCGACCCGAUCCUGGCAUGCCCCGACUUCACACGGACGUUCGUGCUACAGACGGACGCCAGCGACUACGGGCUGGGCGCUAUCCUCACACAGCACUCCGAGCAAGGCGAGCGGGUGAUAUCCUACUCCAGCAGAUCGCUGAACGGAGCGGAGAAAAAUUAUUCUGCAACAGAGAAGGAAUGUUUAGCAAUAGUGUGGGCUGUCAGGAAAUUAAGACCAUACCUGGAGGGCUACCAUUUCAAAGUGAUAACGGAUCACAUGGCCCUGAAGUGGCUGAACAGCAUCGAGAGUCCGUCCGGAAGGAUCGCGAGAUGGGCAUUGGAGCUCCAACAAUAGGACUUCGAGAUUUCGUACAGAAAGGGCCAGCUGAACAUCGUCGCGGACGCCCUAUCAAGGCAGCCGCUGCAGGAAACGAGCCGCAGGAUAACGGAAGAAGGGAAACCGGACGAACAGCAGGAGUGCAAGUGGAUAGAUGGGAUGCGGAGGAAAAUGAAGCAGGAGCCCCAAAAGUACCCGGACUACCUGGAAGAGGCCGGCCAAUUGUAUAGGCACAUUCCGCACCGGGCAGGACACGAGGAUGUGGUGUCAUGGAAGCUGUGUGUACCAACCAGGGAGAGACAGCGCGUCAUGGCCGAGAACCACGACAUGCCGACGGCGGGACACCUGGGAAGUCGGAAGACCAUGGCGAGGGUGGCAGCCAGGUACCACUGGCCAGGAAUGCACCGAGACGUCAGGAAAUACGUAAGGAACUGCGAGAGCUGCAUGAAAUACAAGCCCAACCAACUGCAAGCAGCCGGGAAAAUGCUGACACAGGUGCCGGAAGAACCGUGGGCCACCGUAUGUGCGGACUUUGUGGGCCCAUUGCCGAGGUCAAAGCACGGCAAUUCGAUGCUGCUGGUCCUGGUGGACAGGUUCUCCAAGUGGACCGAGAUCGUUCCGAUGCGUAGGGCGACCACCGAGACGCUGCGAAAGGACGUGCGAGAGCGGAUAGUGGCCAGGUACGGAGUGCCAAAGGUCAUGAUCACGGACAACGGAGUCCAGUUCACGAGCAGGGCAUUCAAGAGGUUUUUGGGGGAGCUGGGUGUAAAACACCAGCUCACGGCUCCAUACACUCCACAAGAAAACCCGACCGAAAGGGCCAACAGGACCGUGAAGACGAUGAUCGCGCAGUUCACGGGGGCCGAUCAGAGGACAUGGGACGAGAACUGGCCAGAGCUGCAGUUGGCGGUGAACACGAGCGUGGCAGAAACCACUGGAUACUCGCCGGCAUUUAUAACGCAGGGAAGAGAACCGAGGCUGCCAAAUGCGUUGUUCGACGAACAGACGGCCGGAACGGGCAGAUGUCCACAGACGCCGGCGGAAAACGCGGGAAAACUGAAGGAGAUCUUCGAACUGGUGCGGAGGAACAUGGAAAAGGCAGCGCAGGAUCAGGCGCGCACUAUAAUCUCCGGAGGAGGCCGUGGAAACCCAAGGAGGCAGGUGCACGGAGGAGAAUCCCGUUACCGGUACAGGCCCCGCGGAAUAACGGCGGAAAGGAAUAAAUCGAAAACCGAGGUUUCGUCGCGGCGGAAAAAGCUAGAGGCUUUCUUUUGA